GCUCAUAACGACCAUCCCUCGCCAGCCUCGCCAAAGAUGUGGGCCGAUACGCUGCUGAUAGUUUUCAUCUCCAUUUUCACCGCCCUGCUGGGAGAAGGUCUCACCUGGGUGAUGGUUUAUCGUACGGAAAAGUACCAAAAGCUUAAGGGAGAAGUUGAAAAGCAGAGCAAAAAAUUGGAAAAGCGAAAAGAAACUCUUGGCGAUUCUCUAGAUAAAAACCAUAAAAAGAAAAUUGAACGCGAUGAAGAGAAGCUAAAGAACAACAACCGUGAUCUGUCGCUGGUGAAGAUGAAGUCGAUGUUUGCAAUCGGUUUUGCGUUCACUGCACUGCUCAGUAUGUUCAACAGCAUUUUCGAUGGACGAAUCGUCGCCCGCUUACCGUUCGUGCCAAUCUCGUGGAUCCAGGGACUGAGCCACCGGAAUUUGCCUGGUGAGGAUUACACCGAGUGUUCGUUCAUCUUCCUAUACAUCCUCUGCACGAUGUCAAUCCGGCAGAAUAUUCAAAAAAUGCUUGGCUUUGCACCAUCGCGUGCCGCAAGCAAGCAAGCAGGCGGAUUGUUCGGUCCUACGCCGGGUCAGUUUAAGUAAUGAGGCCAUUUUCUCUGUUCUUUC